CUUGGAAUUUUCAUAUUCAGACCAUCAACUUAAUUCAUGGAAGAAGACUUGACCGAAACUGGUGGACUAUGGCUAUAUAUGUGCAUGUGCCUCUUUGGAAGCCAGUCAGCUCAUACUUCUGCUGGACUAUGGCUUCCAUCGGCUGUGCGUUACUACUCUACCUUGCACAUCUCCACAUACUACUCUCCACCUUCAGCACCCAUGCUGAUGCUGGUAACCUCAGUCACCUCCCUGUUCCUUUUCGGUGCCAUCUAGGUCAAGCUAAGGCACUCCUCAAGCUGAAGAAGUCCUUCUCCUUCGUUGAAUCUACCACCACGCUUCCGUCAUGGCGAGAUGGCACCGACUGCUGUCUCUGGGAGGGUGUUGGCUGCGACGCCUCCUCUGGUAAUGUCACGGUGCUCGACCUCAACAAUCGUGGCUUGUCCAGUAACGGCUUGGACCCAGCGGUCUUCAGCCUCGCAUCCCUUCGACGCCUCGACCUUAGCAUGAAUGAUUUCAGUCCAAACUGGAGCAACCCAGUAUCACUGAGGCCAGACAACAUCCCUGCUACUGGAUUUGAGAGGUUCCCUUUGCUAACCCACCUAAAUCUUUCCAAUUCGGGCUUUUCUGGCCAGAUACCUGUUGGCAUCAGUAAACUGGUGAACCUUCUCUCCUUGGAUCUUUCCAGUUCCUUUGAUUAUGAGUACAAUGGUAUGCCCACUUCGAACUACAUUGACACUUUUAGCUAUUUGUUGGAAGCCAAUUUUGAUACCCUAGUGGCAAACCUCAGCAAUCUAAGAGAGCUCUACCUUGACGGAGUGGAUUUGUCUCCUAGUGGAGAAGAGUGGUGCAUAUCUCUUGCUACAUCUGUUCCUCGUCUUCACGUACUUAGCUUGGGCUUUUGCAACCUGAGCGGUCCUAUUCAUAAAUCCCUCUCAAGACUCCAUUCUCUCGCUGUGAUCAACCUCCAAGGAAACAAUGCUCUAACUGCCGGUCCAUUUCCAGAGUUCUUCAUGGAUUUUCCCAAUUUAACCGUGCUUCAACUUUCUGAUACUAAUCUUGAGGGGUGGUUUCCCUCCAGGUCCUUUCAAUCGAAAAAUCUAAGGGUCCUCGAUUUGUCCUAUAAUGAGGAUCUCGGAGGGCAUUUGCCAAGUUUAUCUAAUUCUAAUUCUCUAGAGACUUUGAGAAUAGGCCUGACAACCUUUUCGUAUGCUAAACCUACAUCUUCCAGCAAUUUCCACUCAUUGAAGGAGUUAAGUCUUGGCGGGAAUAAUUUAGAUUCCAUGGAUUUGCUCUCUUCAUUCGGUAGGCUUGGGUCUCUAUGCCAGCUGGAAUUUAUUGUUGACUCAAUAAGUGAGUUAGGAUCAAUUGUCUCUUGGAUUCGAAACCACAAGAACUUGCAGAGCUUGGCACUCCUUGGACGCGACUUCUAUGUGACAACACCUUCCUUAGUGAGCAGCUUCAAGACCUUGAGAAGUUUGACCGUGGUUGACUGCAUCAUACCCAGGCCAAUACUUUCUGCAAUUGUCAACCUCAUGGACUUGCAAACACUGGAAAUGAUUGACUGCACGUCAUACGGUUCAAUGCCAUCUUCUGUUGGCAACCUCACAAAUUUGAGGAACAUGAAUAUCAUAGGUUGUGAGUUUUCAGGGCCAAUGUCGGCUGCAAUUGGCAACCUCACAAAUUUGAGGAACAUGCAUAUCCUUGAUUCUGCGUUUUCAGGGCCAAUGCCGGCUGCAAUUGGCAGCCUCACAAAAUUGAGAAACAUGUAUAUUAUUGAUUCUUACUUUUCAGGGCCAAUGCCGGCUGCAAUUGGCAACCUCACUAACUUGAAAACCAUGGCAAUUCAUAGUGAGUUUUUUGGGACGAUACCUUAUGCAAUCGGGCAGCUCAAAAAAUUGACAUGGUUAGAUCUUGAAGGCUGCAACUUUUCUGGGAGCAUACCAAGUUCAAUUGUUAAUUUGACUCAGCUAACCAUACUGGAUCUUUCACAUAAUUCUCUCAAUGGGGAAAUUCCAUCAUCUAUUUUCACUCUUCCAGUAUUACGCAACCUGGAUCUUUCUUGGAACCAGCUUUCCGGCCGUAUACGAGAGUUUGACAAGGCACAUUCACAGUUGGAGUCUGUGGACUUGAGCACAAAUGAAUUCUCAGGUCCUAUUCCCAAGGCAUUCUUUCAACUAACAAGCUUGAAGCAUGUGGACCUUAGCUCGAACAACUUGAGAGGGGAAAUUCCAUCAUCUAUUUUCACUCUUCCAGUAUUACGUAGCCUGUGUCUUUCUGGGAACCAGCUUUCUGGUCCUAUACGAGAGUUUGACAAGGCACCUUCACAGUUGGAGUCUGUGGACUUGAGCAAAAAUAAAUUCUCAGGUCCUAUUCCCAAGACAUUCUUUCAACUAACAAGCUUGAAGCAUGUGGACUUUAGCUCGAACAACUUGAGAGGUUUGGUGGACUUUACCUCGUUUUGGAGAUUAAGUAGCCUUACCUAUUUGAAUCUCUCACAUAACAUGCUCACUGGUAUUCAACUUACUUCAGAUGUUCUCCCUUCUACUUCACUAGUCAGUCUUGAUCUUAGUUUCAAUAGACUUGGGGGGCGGAUCCCUAUGCCAAACUCAUCAGUAGAAUUCUUGGAUUAUUCAAACAACAGAUUUUCUUCUGUUCUUCCAAACUGGGCUUUCUAUCUUAGUUACACCAGGUAUCUCAUCAUGUCCAAAAAUAGUAUAAAUGGGCAUAUACCUACUUCAUUUUGCAAUUCAAUGCUGGUUAUCCUUGACCUAUCACAUAACAACUUUAGUGGCUCGGUUCCAUCUUGUCUGAUAGAAAAUGGUCAGUUGCGGGUUUUAAACUUGAGGGAGAAUCACUUUGAAGGGAUGUUGCCUUCCAAUAUUACAACCCGAUGUGCUUUACAUACGAUAGAUCUACAUGGCAAUAAGAUUGAAGGGCAGAUUCCCAGGGGACUUUCUAACUGCUCGCAAUUGGAGGUUCUGGACCUUGGAGGCAACCAAAUAGCUGACACUUUCCCAUCUUGGCUGAUGGGGCUUUCCAAUCUUUAUGUGCUAGUCCUGAGAUCCAACCAAUUUUAUGGCGCCAUAAGUGAUAUUGUUGGGGAUAACAGAUCUGAGGAAUGUUUCUCGAGCUUGCAAAUUAUCGAUCUUGCCUCAAACAAUUUCUCUGGGAAUUUGAGAUCCCAAUGGUUCGAGCGGUUAGAAAUGAUGAUUUUCAAGAUCAAUAGUCAAGGAGAAAUUAUCUCUGCUCUAAAUGUCUCAACCCCUAAUGGAUUCUAUCAAGAUUCUAUUGAGAUCACAUACAAGGGGUCUUAUAUGUUGUUUGAAAGGACCUUGACUACCCUAACAGCAAUUGACUUCUCAAACAAUAGAUUGGAGGGUACCCUUCCUGAAUCAAUUGGAAGACUUGUAUCACUACGCGUGCUAAACAUGUCACACAACGCCUUCACGGGAAAAAUUCCAGCCCAACUUGGCAGCAUGACUGAUUUGGAGUCACUAGACCUAUCCUGCAACCAACUCUCACGGGAGAUUCCACAAGAGCUAACUAAUCUCACCUUUCUUGCCUCCCUGAACUUGUCAAACAACCGCUUGGUGGGAAAGAUACCGCAAUCGCGUCAGUUCUCUACAUUCGAUAGCAAUUCAUUUGACGGGAAUGCAGGACUAUGCGGACCGCCACUAUCUAAAUUACCUUGUGGUGCUUUGCCUUAUACUCCAAUUGUGCCAGACGUAGACAACUCCUCUCAUCAUGUUGAUGUGGUCUUGUUUCUCUUCAUCGGGCUGGGCUUUGGUGUCGGAUUUGCAGCUGCUAUUGUGCUGAAAUGGGGUCGGAUCGGAAGAUGGUUUAUUGCAACUGCAAGAGCUUUGCUAACUUGAUCGCCGAUGGGAAGAUGAGAGUCUAUUUCCGAAUCCAAGCAUUAUGCUUUCCUCUAAGGUAGCUGUGAUGAGGUGCCCAGGUGUAGUGCACUAUCAACUUCUAGAUGUAUUUAUUAUAAGCCUCUUCCAUACCUGUUACUUAAGUAUUGUACUUAUAGCAGAUUAAUCUUCAGGUGUACAUUAAGUGUGGAGUGCUUUCAUGCAUCUGGCAUUACACAAUAUAUGUACUACUAGGCAGCAGCGGAGGCGCUCUAUGUUGUCGUGCGUCCAAUGUUCAUUGUAACCUACCUGUUCGAUGCUACUGUUAGUAGCAUGGUAUUGUUUGAUU